AUGUCUCGCUUUUCUCCUCAACUUACUGGCGCUCAUGCCCUCGUCACCGGAGGCACCAAGGGCAUUGGCAGAGUUAUAGUUGAGACUCUACUGAGCGAAGGUGUCAGUGUAUCAUACUGCUCUCGCAAUGUACGAGGCGACGAGUUUGCAACCUUCAAAGACGCCACUAGCGGAGCACGAGCCGUUGGAAACAGCGUUGAUAUUUCCAAUGCCGCUUCGAUCCAGGGCUGGGUCAAAGCCUCAGCCGAAGAUUUUGGAAGAAUCGACCUCGUUGUUGCUAAUGCUUGUCCAAAGUAUGUUAGCCCAAGCAUUGAGGACUGGGAAAAGAGCUUCCAUGCCGACGUUCUUGGCCUCGUGCACCUUAUCAACGCCUCUGAGCCCCAUCUGGAGAAGCGAAACGGUACUGGCUCGAUUGUCGUCAUCAGUUCACUCGCUGGUUUCGAAGCUAGACAUCCAGCGAUCCGGGGGCCAUACACCACGCUCAAGCGCGCUCAGGCCACCUUGGCCAAGGAUUUUGGACGAUGGCUCGGACCUAAGGGUAUCAGGAUCAACACGAUCGUUCCCGGCACCAUCGAUUCUCCUCCUGUUGACAAACCGGAUGGAACUGUAGAGUUGAGCCAGUUUCAGCAGAUCAUGACAGCCAACCCUGACUUCCUCAAGAGUCUUAUCGACUCUAUUCCCCUUGGAACGAUCGGACAGGCGCAGGAUAUUGCCAACGCCGUUGUCUUUCUCGGAAGCAGCCUCGGAAAGUACGUCAAUGGAGUGAACUUGAUUGUCGAUGGUGGAAUGUCUACGGCCCUCUAA